CGGAAGUCACUAUGUCUGGCAGCAGGUGCUCUUAGCCACUGAGCCGUCUACCCCUCACCCCACUUUAGAGAACAGUCCUUCUGUGUAGUCCAGCUUAGGCGAGAACUCACGACUUUACCAUCUCCCCAGUGCUUCGGUUAUUGGCAGAUUUCUUCUCAGCAUCCACUAAUACACAUGGGGCUGUUCUUGUGGGAACAGCCCCAUGGGUCUGGGAAAAUGAAGGGAGGCAUGCUAUCAGCCCCUGGGGAGCUCUGCCUGCAUGGCUGCCGUCUUCUGCACAACUCACGUAAAGGCGGGACUGUGCUCCUCGGCACAGACAAGGCCAAGAAGCAGAGGUGACGGGAGUCUCCCAAGGCCAGUCACCGAGAUAGCUGGAGCCCACGCCUCGCUCUGGCCCAGAUAGAGGAUGCUAAUUAAGCAGGAGGUCAGUUUCCAGAUCUCGAGUCUACCAAGGCAGCCUUGUGUUUGGAGGAGCCGCACUGGACAGCAGGGGAGGGGAGGAGACUGGCAGCCUCACACACAUAUCUUGGCUGCAGGGGGACCACAGAGGAGGGACUCUGUCCCUCACCUCAUUUGCCUUCAGAGAGGCCACAGGGUCAAUGUCCCUAUCUCCUGUCCCCCUUCUUCCCACGGAACAACCUUUAAGCCUCACCACCCCUGUGCAAGGCCGCCUCCCCCGUCUGGCUCUCCUCAGACGGCCUGAGCCACAGAGCGGACGGCAGCUAACUAUGGGGACCGGAGACUCAGCGGGCUCCCAGCACCGGUGGCGGCUGCUGCUGCUGCUGCUGCUGCUGCUGCUCCCACCGCCCCACAUCCAGCAGGGUCAGGCCCAGAGACUCGGAGUCCCUACCCAGGGGCAAAACGCGAGUGCUCAGGUCCCUCCUGCUAGGUACCUCAGCAAUGGCCCAGGACCGGAGCCUGUCAUUGUUAUGACCGUCGACCUCACCAAAGUCAGCAAGCCCUAUUCCUCCUUUGAGUUUCGAACCUGGGAUCCAGAGGGAGUGAUUUUUUACGGAGACACCAACACUGAGGAAGACUGGUUCCUGCUGGGGCUCCGGGAGGGCCAGCCUGAGAUCCAGCUACACAGCCCCUGGGCUCGGCUCACAGUGGGCGUUGGCCCUCAGCUCAACGAUGGGAGAUGGCACCGGGUGGAGCUGAAGAUGAACGGGGACUCGCUGCUGCUGUGGGUGGACGGGCAGGAGCUGCUGAGCCUGAGACAAGUCUCCGGGUCCCUGUUGGACCGUUCCCAGCCUAGCAUGAGGAUUGCGCUAGGGGGGUUCCUCCUCCCCACCUCCAGCCUCCGGUUUCCGCUGGCUCCUGCCCUGGAUGGCUGCAUUCGCCGAGACACCUGGCUGGGCCAGGAGCCUCAGCUCCCACCCUCCGCCCCGGGGAGCCCGGGAAGGUGUGACGUGGACUGGCAACCUGGACUGUUCUUUCCUCCAGGGACCCAUGCAGAAUUCAGUCUCCGAGACAUUCCACAGCCUCACGCAGCCCCCUGGACCUUCUCUCUGGAGCUGGGAUUUAAGCUGGUGGAUGGCUCAGGAUGCCUCCUUUCUCUUGGGACAGGAACAAAUUCUUCUUGGCUUACCCUUCACCUGCAAGAUCAGGAGGUGGUGCUGUGCUCCGAAGCAGACUCUAAACUCGUGUUCCCCUUGGACAUGGGGCUCCCUCUCCAGCUGAAGCUGGAUAUAUUCAAAGUGGUCCUGAGCCAAGGACAGAAGAUGGCAGCCCUUUCUGGGUCUCUUUCGAGAAUUGCCUCCCUCUGGUCCCAGCCUCAGGGCCACCUCUCCCUUGGGGCUUUACCAGGAGAGGUCUCUUCGGUCUCCUUUUGCCUGAGUGAUCUCUGGGUGCAAGGGCAGAGACUGGACAUAGACCGGGCCCUGAGCAGAAGCCAGGGCAUCUGGACUCACAGCUGCCCUCAGAGCCUGGGCAAUGACACCCGCCCCUCCCUGUAGGGCCCCUUUGGGAAGCAGGCGUGGUGGUGCAUGCCCGUAAACCCAGGAGAGGCGAUGUUGGGUGGGUAAGGACUCAGCGUCACCGUUGGCUACAUGGCAUGUCUGAGGCCAGCCUGGGCUAUGUGAAACCCUGUCUUUAAAAAUAAAGAGCUUUGAU